CAGACAGCACUGAGGACGACAGUCUGUUACAACAUAGCUCCACUCCUCAGUCUCCCACGAAAUCUCCACAGGGAGGUUCGGUCGGCUCAACUCCUCCACCAGUCUCAUCAAACAAGUGGAUCGUUAGACAGAGCUCCGGAGGAUUGGACUCUGGAAAUGGAAGUGUGGAAAUAGGAAAGGGAGGUUCGGUCGGCUCAACUCCUCCACCGGUCUCAACAAACAAGUGGAUCGUUAGACAGAGCUCCGGAGGAUUUGAAUCUGGAAAUGGAAGUGUGGAAAUAGGAAAGGGAGGUUCGGUCGGCUCAACUCCUCCACCAGUCUCAACAAAGAAGUGGAUCGUUAGACAGAGCUCCGGAGGAUUGGACUCUGGAAAUGGAAGUGUGGAAAUAGGAAAGGGAGGUUCGGUCGGCUCAACUCCUCCACCAGUCUCACCAAAGAAGUGGAUCGUUAGACAGAGCUCCGGAGGAUUUGACUCUGGAAAUGGAAGUGUGGAAAUAGGAAAGGGAGGUUCGGUCGGCUCAACUCCUCCACCAGUCUCACCAAAGAAGUGGAUCGUUAUACAGAGCUCCGGAGGAUUUGACUCUGGAAAUGGAAGUGUGGAAAUAGAAAAGGUGGGUACCGAAAAAAUCCCAAAAGAACGGCCUCAUGAUGGACACAAAAUGGCUGCCAUCUCUUUGUCCAACUGGCAAUACGGACUAAAACCCUGGACUUCUCAGAGCAAAGACCUCAAACUUAGAGGAGAGGAAGAAACAAAAAUCAUCAAAGUUGAAGCUGAACAGCUCUACGAAGCUAUCCAGCGUUACAUCGUCCUGCUGUCUCAACAUGGUGACACUCUGAAGGGGCACACUGACGAGUUGCUCUGCAUUGCUGACAACUUGGACAAGGUUUCAAAGGGGACAAAGAUUGCUGGCAUCACAGGAGGAGCUACAACUGCAGCAGGAGGUGUUGCAGCAGCGGCUGGGGUGAUUCUGGCCCCAGUAACACUGGGAUUAUCACUGGCACUGACUGUAGUUGGGGUUGGCAUGGCCGCAGCCGGCGGCGUCACUGGUGCAUCAGCAGCCAUCGCCAACAAGGCGAACGUCAGUCAGGGCAAGAAGAAACUCGAGAAGACCUUCCAGGAGUACAAGGACCUCAUGGUGAAUUUUCAGGAUUGCUUGAAGUUCAUCAACGAGGGCUUAGAGCAGCUAAAGCAGCAUGAUCUGUCUGUUCUGAGUGAAGCCAGGAAGGAGUCGGUGAAAGUAGCAAAGAUGGUACAGAUGGCCAUUACUGGAGGAGCCAGUGCCAGGGCCAUAGAGGCUAACAGUAAAGCGUCCGGGCUGAUUGACGGCUUCGCCCUCGGCAUCGAUCUCUUCAUCCAAGGAAAGAAUGUUCAGAGGCCGAAGAAGGACCUCAAGUCGGAGCUUGCUAAGAAAAUCCGCAAGCUAGCAGAGGAGCUCAAUAAGGGUUUGGAUGAGCUCAAGGACUUGUUCAGUGAGCAAUGUUCAGGAGUGAAAGCUUUUUAACUUGUUAACCUUCUCCUGCCUGAUUUCAUCUUCAUACGUUUAUAUUUGCCUAUUUUAAAAAUAUAUCAACAUAUCUGGCAAUGUAGUAUGUGUAGGUUAAAAAAAAGGAACAAACCCAAAUACUGUAUAACACAACAAGGAACAGACUUCUCAGUCUCCACUUUAAUGUCCUUAUUUUUCUCUGCAAAACUUCAGUGAAUAGGAAUACAGAACCACACGUCAUUACACUGAUUAGACAACUUGAGUGGUUACAGCUUUAGUAAAAAGAUGUAAUUGUUUUAUUGAUUUAGAUUUUUUAAUCAUACA